GGAAAUUUUAAUUCAGAAGUGAACUAAUCCUUUAAGAUUCUGUAAUUAUUUCGACUUUUUGUGAGAAUAAGUUUCAUCAUACUGCACACCAUUACUGAUCCCAAAAUUUGAUUUGCCAUAUUUAUUACAUUACAAUUAGUGUAAUUUCAGACUUUAAUGCAGAUUGAAGAGUUGAAAUCCUGAACACAUGUACAAUAAAACUGAUUAAUUUGAUUAGAAGAUAUUCAUCACUUAGAAACAAAAGCCUGAAGUCAAGAAGUCGCCUGUCUCAUUGCAUGCAACAAUAAGAGGAAUCCUUACAAGCAUUAGCCAACGGUUUAAUUAAGUCAAGGCUUUUAUAAUGCAAACAAUCGGUCUUGACGUUAUCUGUUGUUGAUGCACUGUAACAUCAACUCCAGAUGUCCCUUCUCCAGUUUGAAAAUCUGGAUAAAAGCAGUCAAAUCACUAGCAUUGUGUUUCCCACAGAAUUUGCCUCAUUAGUGUUAUAUAACUGUUAGAAAGAGUCUGAGUGCACUUGUCUGUUCUUUUAUCGCAAUUACAUAACAACUACUACAUCAUGCAAAUGUGUCAGAGUAGCAGUCACUAAUGUGGUACUCGAACCCAACCAGCGGGUCAAAUGUUUGUGCGAGAUGGUUUAUGGAAAAAUCUCACUGUUUACACAGACACCGAUGGGCUGAACCAUCCCAGAAGGAUUUCAAACUGUGACAUCAUAAAGGGCACCGCACAAUAACAGUCCUGUCCAUAAAUGGAGCAUCGCCCCUCUCUGAGCUCUCAUACUUCUAUAAAGGGAGGUGGUCCUCCAAUCCCUCGUUCAUUCUCUCUCACACUCUUCGACACAUUGAACAGACCUGCUCACCAUACAGGACACAAUGUGGCUCACUGUGUUUUACAUAUGGGGAAGCCUCUUAGCAUUUUCUGUGUGUGACAUCUGCCCAGAAACCUCAGAGGACGCUGCUUCAUGGGUAAAGCUGAAGCCCCUUGGGCACUGCGGGGAUGAGGACAACUUAUGCCCUUAUCAACUCACCCUUCCUCCUCUCUCCAUCCAGCUUCCCAGGCCUUUUAGGGAGCUGGAAAAAAUGGCCAAGGAGCUGCAGAACCUAAAGGAAGAGGUGAACCAGCUGAGGAGGGAUUGCCAAGAAUGUAAGGGCAGGCAUGGUAUUGAAAGGGGUGAAUGGAAGGACCACAGCGAAGAAGAGGAAAAGAGACCUCAAAGUCUAAGGCAUAACACCAGCGUCAAGGAGACACAAAGUCAUAGUGGAGAACAGGUGGUCCAGAUCUUCACUUCAACACUACCGCAAAGAGACACAUCAGAAGGUGAAGGAACUGUCAAGGGUGGCGUGAAGAGGCUCAAUCAUUCCAUUCUAGAAAGUCAGAGAUGGAACAUUAAUCCGAGGAUUGAUCUAAACCAAGGCACUGCAGAUCAGAGGUCUGAGAUGAGCAGGGGAGUAAAAAUAUUUAAUCCCUCACUUGACGAGAUACCAGAGGACAUAUCUGAGGUCAAACUGGUGGUCUCACCUACACCUGAGGAGAGGGAACUCAAGUCUAAGCGAAGUGAAUUAACAGAACCGUUCCUUCCUAGAAAAAAGGACGAUGUACAGUUCGCAACCCAUGGGAGAUUGCAGCCAAACAAUUUCAGGGAUGGACAUGUGAAGAACAUCAGUAGCAUCCUGGCGGCGAGAAGAAGAGUGCAGAAUGUGCCUGAUCCGAACAGGUUAAGCAGCAUUUCAAGGGAUUCUAUUACUAAGACAAUGGAUUUAAGCACAUCAGCUGGGAACAGAAGGGUUGUAAAGUUUCCUGGAGUGGGUGGACCAUUGAGGCCAAAGGGAUCCUACAUAAACAGUAGAGUUGUCAAGGUUAACAAUGAAGAAAGACUGAAGAACCCUGCUUUGGUGAGGAAGACUAAUCCACAAGCGGGGGACAUGACGGUCAAGACUGAGCCAGAAGAGGCUGGAUUUUCCCCAGCGAGAAGUGGCGUUAUGAGGAUAAAAGAAACAAGUCCUCAUAUAGCAAACACAAAACCUGGGGCAGUCAGUGGACCGAUCCCAUCAACAGAUGACCAAAACAAACAAGACAUCAGUAGGGUUUCUGGUUCUAGAACAGAUGAUGGACAUGGCCUGAAAGAUGCAAGCCAAGUGACUAUAGUUAGGGAGGACAAGGUAAACAAGACCGAGAUUACAAGACUUCCAACAAAACCUGGUAAAGAAAACAAAGGAGAUGUGAUUCACAUAGCCACAAAUAAGUCAGCCUCUAGUGUUAUGAAACAAGCUGAACAGCCAAACACAUUUAAAGAGGAAAAGCAGCAUGUGGGACUGAGCGAAAGUCUGGUAGUUAUUAGUAGCGAGUCAGAGACUAGUCCAAAGUGGAUAGAGAGGACUUGCCUUUCCGAGGCAGACAGGUGGAAAAUGAAAAACAUCUAA